UAUGCAUAAAGUAUAUCAUGUUGCAGAUUUCUCCGAACCCCUUUCAUAAAAUAUAAUAAYACUUCAACCUUGUGCACAAUAGAAAAAGUAAAAUAUCCCUUUCAACCUUACAGUGCAGUAAAACGUAUACAGCAAUAUCGUACAGGGAGGACUGGUAAUGCACAUUUGAAGGAAAACUUUAAAGUUGAACACUCAAGAAAAAACGAUCUUAUAAAAAAAAGUACAUGUCAUGUUUCAACAGAUUUCAAGCUAAUCUUAUUAUUUAACGUUUGUUAACUUUUGUCUCUGAAGUGUCUAAGGGCACUAUAAAGGGUCCAUAUAAAGGGUUAACUCCAUCCCCUUACUGUUCCAAAGUGCAUAGCAAUAUUGUGUGACGCAGAAAUUGUACUGUAGAUAUAACUUCACUCAGUGAAACUUCAGUGGAGAGACAUAGUAUAUUGAGCACACUAUCGCAAACUCUUUGGAAAUCUCUUAAAACGCUAAACAUGAUCAACUUUUAAUAAUACAGACAGAAGGAACAAAGAAAAUAGCCACAAACAGAUUUGGAAACCUCCAGCAGUCGCCUGUCUGUGCUCAGUCUGUCUACAUGUGUUUACUGAGCCAGUCACCACUUCAUAUGGACACAACUUCUGCAAGGCCUGUAUCAGCGGGUAUUGGGUUACCACUGACCUGAGCCAGUGUCCAAUGUGUAAGGAGAAAUUCUACAGAAGACCUGAGCUUUGUGUCAACACAAUGUUGAGAGGUUGCAGAAAAUGUUAAGAUAAUGAUCAACGGUCAAAAUGAGUCCUCUGCCUAACCUGGAGAAGUGUCCUGUGACAUCUGCACGGGGAAGAGACCCUGAAGUCUCAGCUUUAAAGAGACACAAGCUGAUCAAUCCUGUGCAGAACCUAGAAGACAAGAUGUGUAAGAAGCACAACAGACCUCUAGAGCUGUUCUGUAGGACUGACAAGAUGUGUGUGUGUCAGUUCUGCACAGACCACAAGUGUCAUGACACUGUCCCUCUAGAGGAAGAGCGUGGAGAGAGGAAGGCUCAGCUUAGGAAGACUGACGCAGAAGUGCAGCAGAUGAUCCAGGAGAGACUGAAAAAGGUUCAGGAGAUCAAACACUCAGUAGAUCUCAGCAAGAGAGAGGCAGAGAGAGAGAUAUCAGACAGUGUACAGGUCUUCACUGAUCUGGUGCGCUCCAUUGAGAGAAGCCAGGCUGAGCUCAUUGAGGUGAUUGAGGAGAAGCAGAAAGCAGCAGAGAGGCAGGCUGAAGGGCUCAUUAAAGAGCUGGAGCAGGAACUCACUGAGCUACAGAGGAGAAGCACUGAGCUGGAGCAGCUCUCACACACUGAGGACCACCUCCCUCCUCCAGAGCUGUCCAUCCCUCUGCACCCCUCCACCCACCAAAGUCUGGUCUGAGAUCAGCGUUCACAGUGAUCUGUGUGUGGGGACUGUGAGGAGAGCUGUGUCUCAACUGAAGGAUACACUAAAUAAAGAUAUGAUGAGUGAAGUGAAGAAGUUGUGUGAUGCUGAGUUGAAGAGGAUUCAGCAGUAUGCAGUGGAUGUGACUCUGGAUCCUGAUACAGCACAUCCCUACAUCAUCAUGUCUGAAGAURGGAAACAMGUGAGACAUGGAAAAACAUCAAUUAAUCUUCCUGACAACCCAAAAAUGUUUGAUUGUUUUGGCAAUGUUUUGGGAAAAGAGGGCUUCUCCUCAGGGAGAUUUUACUAUGAGGUGACUGUCAAUGGGAAGACUGACUGGACUUUAGGAGUGGCCAGAGAGUCCAUCAACMGGAAGGGGAAAAUCACACUGACCCAUGAGAAUGGAUACUGGACUGUGUGGCUGAGGAAUGGAAAUUAGUACAUUGCUAACUCUAGCCCCACUGCCCCCCUCUCCCUGAAAGAGAAUCCCCAGAAGGUGGGGGUGUUUGUGGAUUAUGAGGAGGGUCAGGUCUCCUUUUAUGAUGUGGAGGCCAGGUCUCAUAUCUACU